AUGAAAGCGACCAAGGCUGUCUAUAAAAUCAAGGGUAAAAGCUACUCCGAUGCUGAAAACUAUACCGAGGUUGACCAAUUCAGUGGUAGACAAGACAAGCGCACGAUUCGCCAAAAUGGAGAUUACAUGGUCGAUCAGGUAUGGACGACAGGCGUGGGGUCCGGGCUUAAGAGGAAGCUUCGUGGAUUAAUAGGUGCCGGUGUCUCUCCGCUUGAAGGAUUUGUCCGUCGCGGGAGAACAUACAACCUCAAUGAGAUCCAAGGUUUAUCCACCCCAUCAGCAUCUAUCGUCAGCUGGGUAGUAAGUAUAUCAGAAUUUUUGAUCUUGAUGUCAAAACCGUUGUGA